UUUUUAGUGUGUGUGUGUGUAUGCCUGUGUGUGAACGUAUAGUGUACUAGGGGAAGAGGAGAGUUGGUUCUAGGGUUUUUGAAGGGGUUGGCUGAGAGACGGAGGGGUGGGAGUUUUUUCCCCUUUUUUACACAGUGUUAGUAGUACACACUGUCGAUCUCGGUUCACUUCUGCUGGGGGCUGGCCUGUUCUCUGGGUGCAUCUUUCUCUCUCUCUCUCCCCGUCGUCUCUUUUCUGUGGGCAGACUACCCAUCUCUCAUGUUGAACUGGCUUUGCACCGAAAGUGUUCAUCUCCUGGAUCGUGAAUCGACGGGGGUGUAAAAAUCAGCCGCAACAGUAGUUGGUCAAUCCCUUCUAAAUUCACGGAAUAUUAAUGCGAGGAUAUUUUGGCGGCAUUACUGCUGGUGCUCUCUUCUUUCGACAAUCCCACAGGUUGGAUGGGAUCUAACCAGAACGUUAACCAGUGUCCUAGCAGAAAGUCUAUAUCUGACAAUAGGAUGUUAAACUGAAAUCGGUUUAGAUCCAGGAUCUGCCUGACCGGACUCGACAGCCAGCAAUGUUGGAGUGGAUGGAAGAAGGAGACCGCAUGUCAUUUGAUGACUCUGAUCGAUUCGAAGAAGAUUCCUUGUGCAGCUGGGGCAGCGAGCCUGAAUCUCUCUGCAACAACUGGAGAGGAUGGAAGAAACCCCUAAUCGUCACCACAACCCUAAGUUCACCACUUUUAGCUUCUAAUCAACGAAGAGCUGAAGAUGGAAGUGUGUUGUCGCUAUCGGAGCUUUGCUCUCGUGUUGUGGCGGCCCACAUCGCUUUCGAGGUAGUCGAACAAGCCUGGCAGCCCGUACCCGAACCGCUCCAAUUGCGCAUCGCCUUCUGGUCCUUCCCGGACAAUGAAGAGGACAUUCGCCUAUACUCCUGCUUGGCCAACGGUGCAGCUGACGAGUUCAACAAGGGCGAGAAUCUCUACAAAAGCAGAGCCGUCAAAGAACCUCUUCAGAUUGGUUUUCAUUUGAGCGCUUCGGUUGUUAGUCCGCAACAGACAGCCCAAGGUAAAUCAAAUACCUUUAAUGUGGCCGUUACGUUUGAUCGGAGACGUAUUACGUCCUGCAACUGCACUUGCGCUUCGCGGGCUUUUUGGUGCGCCCAUGUCGUCGCCGUUUGCCUUUAUCGUAUCCAUCAGUCGCAUUUGGUGACGCUCCGAGCACCCGUCAGCGAGUCUCUAAGUCGAUUGCAGCGUGAUCAGCUUCAGAAAUUCGCUCAGUAUCUUAUCAGCGAAUUACCUCAACAAAUUUUGCCAACUGCGCAGCGUCUGUUGGAUGAACUCCUUUCGGCUCAGCCGUCUGCCAUCAAUACAGUAUGUGGUGCACCCGAUCCGACUGCGGGUGCGUCUGCCAGCGAACAGACGUCAUGGUGCCUGGAUGAGAAUACACUCCACGAGAAUAUUCGGAAAAUUCUGAUCAAAUUCUGCGUACCGUCGCCGACGGUAUUCAGUGAUGUGAAUUACUUGAGCUCUACCGCACCCCCCGCAGCGGCAGAAUGGAGCAGCCUGUUGCGCCCAUUAAGGGGUCGGGAGCCGGAAGGCAUGUGGAACUUGCUUUCCAUCGUUCGCGAAAUGUUCAAACGCCAUGACCGCAAUGCUGUUCCACUUUUAGAGGUUUUAACGGAAGAGAUCAUGUCGUGCGAACAGAUUAUGGUCUGGUGGUUUAACACCAAGGUGGCAUUACACAAUGGAAGUGCAGCUGGAUACGGUAGCGGUAUCAAAUCAAGCAACCUGGGAAGCCAAUCACAAGCUUCUCAGCACGCUUGCUCUUCUUUAUGUGACGAAGUGGUUAUCCUUUGGCGAUUGGCUGCACUCAAUCCAGGCCUUUCUGGAGAAGAACGCGAUCUGCUUCGUCAACAGUUCAGCGAAUGGCAUGUCAAAGUCAUUGACAAGGUCACGAAAAGCAAAGGGUUAACAAUCAGUGCCACUCAUGGCGCACCCCAUGUUGCUGGAGGAAAUGGUGCCGGACCGUCCACUCCCCGUCGUACUAGCCAAUCAUUUAAAGCAGAAGUUGAGGUGUUUACUGGCUUCAAACCAUCAGUUGAAGCCUGUUAUCUUAGCUGGGAUGAUUACCCCGUUCCCGGUGUCACCUACACUCAAGGUCAUCGUCUUUACCAUUGUCCUUUUACCUGCUUUCGACACACAGAGGCUCACGGUCGCUUUGACAUCGGCCCCAUCAAUUCCUCAUCGGCCGUCAUUACCAAUGACCUACCCGUCCACAUGCUACAAAGACGAGCGGUAGUGCAAGGCGAUUAUGCCCAGGCUAUGGACGACAUACGUCACGAGAGGGAAAGGAUUGGCGGAUUCCAUCCUGCAUCGCCUCUUGUCCGACCGGAAAGGGAAAUGGAUCGAGCUGGAAACCGAAGCAGCGUUAGCAGCGAAGGUUUUUGCGAAAAUGAAGGCGAUCCAGCUGUUGAGGCGUUUGAACCAGCAUUGCCUUCAGGUCUGCGGGAUCUCACCCGCCAAGAUAGCGACGAUCCGGCUCUAGGUUCCGAUACCAACGAACCGGAAGUCUUGGCGGUGGAUAGUUGCACUUCAACCGACAAGGAAAAAUCAUCACCAGAAGAUUUUGAUGCCGAUUCUGAUUGGUCUGGAGUUGAUGCUCGUUUAAAGAAUUCACGCCUUGAAGCCAGCGGUGGGGUGCUACUCCCGCCUGGAUCAGGAUUGGUGGCUGGAUCUUCACGAGAUACUGACGAUAUGGCAAGUUUAUCGGCCAGUCCUCGAGAAUCUAGAACAAUGGCCUUACCAGCAACUCAAGGCGCCGUUCCUCGAGAGCCUUGCGUCGUCACAGUUCCCAAUCGGAACGGUGGAGUUUUUGGUGAGUUGAAGCCACUGGAAGAUCCACUCGAGAUCCUUUUCGCUAGAGCUGAAGGACUUCACGCCCACGGCCACAGCGCCGAAGCUUGUGAAUUGGGUAUCCAACUGGCGACAGAACUUUUGGCUAAUCCGCCCGAUCUGUUGGUGGAGUUGCCUCCUGUCAUCACCAAGAGCGGCAAGAAGAAGAAGACCAAUCCAGCCUGUCAUCAAAUCAGCUGCUUGGCUUCGGCAACACUAGCCAAAUGCGCCUUUCUCUGCACGGUUUUGGCAGAGAAUCCGGAUUAUUACCAUCUCGCCUUCAGAGUUGGAAUGUUUGGAUUGGAGUUGGCACGGCCACCUGCUACCACGAAACCAUUAGAAGUGAAGCUGGCUCACCAAGAAUCUGAAUUGGUUACACUAUUGAAGCGAAUACCUUUAGGUCAUCCGGAAUUGUCGAUAUUGCGUGAGAAAGCUGAACAAUUACGUGAUGGCAUAUUACGAUCAAGAGGAGAUGCUUUGUUGCCACUUUCACUUGCUACGUUUAUAUUCGAAGCAUUGGUCACUGCGUCAGGAGCACAACAAGUUCGUGCUCCGUUUUAUUCUACCCAUCGGCUUCCAACCGAUGAGACUCUUGGCUUCGAAGCAGCCGUGUCUGCCCUAGGAUUGAAGGCAAAUGUUUCAGAAGCGGACCAUCCUCUGUUGUGCGAAGGAACUCGACGCCAAAGAGGCGAUCUUGCUGUAAUGUUGCUAGUACACUACAAGGAUGAUCCAGACAAAUUGGCCAAAAUUAUGGAGAAACUGCUGGAUCGUCAAGUGCAUCCUCUUUACAAGGCACCACUGCUGAGCAGUUUCUACACCAACAAUCCCACACCCAUGGGUCAAAGCUGUUCCAGCAAUCGACAUAUGCGCCAACGGCGUGAAGGUAUUGAAGCCGGAAUGAUUGCUGUUUCGCUUGACGCGAAUUCACCUCCACACGCGGCCUGCCCUUCCCAGCCCAGUGGAGGAGCUACGGCUUCGAAUACAGUACGUGGACAGAGUCCUUCUUGGGAAGAAGAUUAUGCGCAGUGGCAAGCGGGGCACGGUGCUCGACUAGAAUCGAACACUGGAGAAACGGCCAGUGGUAACGAUGGUGCGAUAAGCCAUCGUCAAAUGAUGAACGCAGUUCGCAACCGAAGUCUAACUCAUCGCUCUCAGCGACAACCGGGUCCUGGCUCGGAUUCUGGCAGCUCAGGUUCAGGGAAAUCAUCGGGGUCGGAUAGUUUUGGAUCUAGAGGUCCAAUGAAUCAACCUCCCCCUCCGAAUUGCACAGGAGUGUCCCCGUCUUUGUCUGACGGCUCGAUGGGUGGAGCAAUUGGUUCAUCGAUUCCUUUAAAUAAUUUAGCCGGCCGUCAACCUCAACAACAAGCAUCUAUCCCUGAAAUGGGUGGCAUAGUUAAUGGAGGAGCCUCUUUUUCGAGAAGUGGGGUGAUGGGCCCUUGCGGAGGCAAAAUAAACCGCUUCAAAAACAAGCGGCUUUAUCCUUCGGUUCCCAACCAACCUUCAGAGGCCUCGGCUCAUUUUAUGUUUGAAUUGGCCAAGACUGUUCUACUUAAAGCUGGUGGAAAUAGCAGCACAUCGCUAUUUACCCAGCCCAUCAAUUCGCAAAAUCCACGCGGUCCCAUCAGGGCGUUGCAGAUGUGCGCGUUCCAGAUUGGCCUCUACGCUUUGGGUCUCCAUAAUUGCGUCAGUGCCAAAUGGUUGAGCCGCACUUAUUCAUCUCAUGUCUCCUGGAUUACGGGUCAAGCUAUGGAGAUUGGCUCGCAAGCACUUUGGUUCUUGAUUAGCACUUGGGAGGGUCAUCUCACCCCUCCCGAAGUGGCCAGUAUUGCCGAUCGGGCAUCACGUGGUCACGAGGCCAACAUGGUUCGUGCGGCAGCGGAAUUGGCCCUAUCUUGCUUGCCUCACGCUCACGCCCUCAAUCCGAACGAGAUUCAACGAGCUAUUUUGCAGUGCAAAGAACAAAGCAGCGAAAUGCUGGAACGCGCAUGUCUGGCCGUUGAAAGUGCCGCUAAAGGAGGUGGAGUCUAUCCGGAAGUUCUCUUCCGUGUGGCCCGUUGUUGGCACGAACUUUACGAGCAGCGCAUGCCUAGUGCUCGUAGAGGUGCCCGGGUUUUGCCCAGCAUCGAACAACCUCCACCUCCUAUUCCGCUCCAUGUGCCGCCGUGUUCCAUGCAGCAACCUCAAGCCAAUAUGGCCGGAGUCGGAGUUCCGGUGCCGUAUGCCAUGACGUCCAUCGUUCCUUUUCCUUUGGCUUACAGUUUCCUCUCUGGAACUGCUCCUGGGCCGAAUCCGCCUGCUCAGAUUCCGGGCGUUCCGGUUAAUUUCUUGGCGGCAAAUGGAGCUGGUGGCGCCACUCCGAAUGCGACGUUUUCGUAUGCUCCUCCCAUACCAGGUUUGCAGUACUUUCCAUCUGUGACUUGUCCCAUGCCGAUGGGAGCUACAUCCGCACCCCCAAAUCCUCCACCUGGACCGUCUCCGUUAAUGCAGCCGAUGUCUGUUGGGCCAGCUCAAGGGACGAGUAACCGUCCACCUCCUCCCAUACCUCCUCCCGGCUGUCCGGUCACUCUCCAGCCGCUCAUUCACACAUCCAAUACGACGACACAUCAAGCACCACCUCUGUUUGUCCAACAGCCGCAAGCCAACUCGGUCCGAUCUCCUCCAACAGCCACCGGAGCAAUGCCUAAUCAGGCUCUGACUCCAACACAGCUACAUUUUCUACUGGCUGCUUACCGAGUUGGUAUCGUUGCUCUGGAAACACUUGGAAGAAGAGCUCAUGAUGACCGUCCUCAGGCUCGCUACUCUCGUAACCCACCAUAUGGUGAAGAUGUCAAAUGGCUUCUUUCCGUUGCCAAAAAACUUGGAACGGAUUAUCUGCAACAAUUUUGUGUCGUGACGGUUAAUAGCGUCGUCAGUCCGUUUGUACUGCACGAAAUCGCUGUCGAGGCGGCACACUUUUUUGCUUACACUGGAUCAACACCACCCAAUCCUUAUAUGCAGCAUUUGCGUUCGAGAGUUUUAACACCCCUUAUUCAAAAGUGUCAUCAAAUGUAUAUUCAAUGCAUCAAUCACAAGUUGUAUCACCUCAAUCCUACCGAUUACGACGACUUUCUAACGAUAAUUCAAACGGCCAGGACUGCUUUCCAUCUCAUACCAACGGGGCCGAUGCAGUUCAAUGAAUUCCUGCAAUCCAUUCAAAAGUCGAAAUCCUGCACGAAAGAACUGUGGGGCCGGCUAAUGGCCAUCAUUCGUCAGCCGGCCGUUUGACACAAAGUCAUUGAUAGGAAAAUUUUUUUACCUUGCAUCCACCUCCACAAUUUUUUUCGUCUCACGUAAAAGCAAAAAUUGUAUAUAGUUCAUUGUCAUCCGUCGUAUACUUUAGAUUACCUCGCUCGUUUAAAAUCUCUCCCCCACUUCACGUUUAACCCAAUCCGAUGAAAAAUUUGACUUCGCUCGUGUCGCAAAGUGAUCGAUGUCCGAAUCGAUAGUUUAUUCUCCUUAUCUUUUUUUUUAACCAGACUCGCUUCAAUUUUAGAUGAAAAAAAAAACACACACAUAAAAACAGAUACCAAUUUAAAAAUUAAAUUUGUUCAUCCCUGCUCCAAACUAUUGUUGUACGUUUGUUUUUUUCAUUUUCACCUUUCCAUAGACCAUAUAAAUAUAGUUCACAGGCAGAUAACUCUCAGGGAGCUUCCAACUAAAGGAAACUGGUUGUCUGAAAACAAUUUUUUUGUUUCUAUUCAUCCGAUUCUCAAUCCGCAUCGACACCGUUGACAAAAUACUUCUGUUUCCCGGCUUCGAUCAAAUUUGUAGGAGAGAAACAAUGACACUUGGUACGGAAAAAAAUUUUAUAAGAAGAGAAAGCCGCAUUAGUUUUAAAUUGAAACAUAAAAUUAAAAAAAAAAGUAACUGAAGGCUAAAGGAACAGGUUCAUCAAACUGGCUCAAUAACGAUUUGUUUUUUAUUAACUUAAAAAAUUCGUUUAUGUCACUUGGCAAACAUGUAUGAACCUUGAUAAAAUUUGCUCCUUUAUUCUUAGCUGUUCUAAGUGUUUCUUUGUGUCUUGACUGUUAAACUUCCUUUCACCUAUGUAAAAAAAAUGAAAAAAAAGAAACUUGGGAUGUCGCUUUUUAAAGUAAUUUCCAUUUACUGUAGAGCGUCAAUUCAAUGUCGAAACGUUUUACAACCUUUCUUAGAGACGUUGAUGUUCUUUUCGUUUCCCCCUUCUUUCCAGUUCUUUUCCCUUCGUUUUUCUUUUUAAAUUACUUUUUGUUUAAUUUUGUUUUGUUUCUUCACCUUCGCAAGAGAAUGUUCUAUUAAUUGCGCAACAAAUUUAAAUGAAAUGUUUGUUUGAAGUUGUCAAGAUUGAAAUAAUAGAUGAGAUUGGGAGAAUCAUAUGUCAUUUAUCAACCUUUGAACCCCAUCAACAAAGUAACUGGUAAAAAUACACGGUUUUCUCGUUA